AUGGUGACAAUCCGGAUCCGAGGCAGUGAUCUUCUGAUCAUUACUCUCCGCAUAUUUACACUUAUUUAUCUCACCUUUUUCUCGGCCAAUUAUUUCUACAACUUUAUCACCCUUCCGUUGGAUCAAGUUCAGAAUGCCUUCCCCGACGCCCUCGUCCUUCUGUCCUUCUUUAUUGCUGCCUCAAUCCUCUCUGUGCUUUCAAUUCAAGCCCGCCUAAACCAUGGCACCGUUCAUCUUGAACAAGCUGCUGUGAUCACCUUCUUGGCCAUUGCAGAUGCUUCGUUUAUUUACAUCCAGUUCCAUCACGACAAAUGGAUUAUCUUGUUUUACGCCUCCAUAUUGCUCAUAAUGGCUACGCAAUGUCUAUCUCAUUGCCUCAAUAUCCAGGAUGGCAUUUUCUUCAAUUUUGCUUCCAUUUGCCUAACUCACGGGAUAUUGACUUUGAUCCCUGCUAUCCAUGCGAGCUUAUGGUCAUCAGCCUGUCGACAGUCAAUGUUAGCAUCAUAUCUCAUUUUCAUGGCCCUCAAUGCCACCGGAUGCUUGAGUUUCCUUUUCCAGAUACCCGAUCGCUUUGGAUUUGCCGGAUCCAGUAAAUUAGUCCUGCAUUUGUGCACAGCGAUGGGGACCGUCUACCUGUUUAACGCCCUCCUUGAUGCUGUAAACGCAGGAAAUGGCACGGAACUGGACGGGUGCCGAAGGAGUUUCUGGUAA